GCACCCGCAGCCCGGCGCUGAAGGGGUUACAGUGAGUGUCGGGGUGCGGGUAUCCCUUGGGGUGUCGCCGGUGCCGAGCAGAGCGGGCGGGAUGGUCCCGAGGAGCGCAGGGGCUGAGCCCCCCCCCGGUUGGUACCUCCGGGACCGGGACAGCGGCGCGUUCUACAAGCGGGGACGGCUCCUGGGAGAGGGCACCUUCGGCCGCUGCUACCAGGUGACAGAGGUGACCAGUGGCCGGCUGUACGCGGCCAAGGUGAUCCCGCGAGCCCGGCUCGCCACUGCGGCCAUCGCGGACAGGGUGGAGCGGGAGCUGGAGCUGCAGCGGCACCUGCGCCACCGGCACAUCGUGCGCCUGCACGGGCACUUCACCGACCGCGGCCACCUCUGCCUGCUGCUGGAGCUCUGCAGCCGCGGGGGUUUCACACCCCAGGCGCUGCCACCCCGCGCCUGCCACUCCGUGCCCAUCUUCGUGGGACAGGAGCCCCUGCGCCGGAUCCUGCGGUGCUGGCGGGGCUGUGGCUGCGUCCCUGUCACCCCCGGGGGUGGCCGUGCCCCUCCCCAAAGCACCUGA